AUGCUCGUGGCCGCCACCGUCGUGUUCCUGUACUAUACCGUCUGGACGCUGUUGAUGCCCUUUGUCGACGACGACCACCCGCUCCAAAACUUCUUCCUCCCCCGCGUCUGGGCCAUUCGCAUCCCCGUCAUCCUCAUCCUUCUCGGCUCCGCCGUCGUCGGCUCGUUCCUCGGCAUGGUCAUGAUUCGCAGCAAUCGCAAGAAGGCCGCCAAGGCCAAGGCCGCCGCCGCCAGCAAGAAGAAGGCGUAA